CGGCUCGGAGGCGGGCGGCGCGGAGCGCGGUGGCGGCGGAGCGGAGCGGGUCCCCGGGACUGUCCGGGUGUGCGGAGCGCGCCGCCCGCGAUCGGAGCCGCCCGCCGUCCCCGGGGUCCCAUCGCGCCGGACCGCGCCGCUCCCCGGCGCCCUGGGCGGAGCGCGGUCCGGUUCCCGGCGCCGGGCACUGGGCGGGCGGCCACCGGGACCGGAGCUGCCUGCCCUGCCCGCGGGCUGCGUGCGCGGCGGGGCUCGGCCGCGCCCUCCCGGGGUCCCGCGCCGCUGGGGCUGGGGCGCGGGCGCGGUCGGGGGCUGCGGGGCCGCGGCUGCCGGCCCGCCCGCCCUCCCGCCCGGAGUCGGCGUCCCGGGCCGGCGGCGGCGGGCAUGGAGGACAAGUACCUGCCGGAGCUCAUGGCCGAGAAGGACUCGCUGGACCCCUCCUUCACGCACGCCCUGCGGCUGGUGAACCGAGAAAUAGAAAAGUUUCAGAAAGGAGAAGGAAAGGACGAAGAGAAGUACAUUGAUGUGGUGAUUAAUAAGAACAUGAAGCUGGGACAGAAAGUGUUAAUCCCCGUAAAACAGUUCCCUAAGUUCAACUUUGUGGGGAAGCUUCUGGGUCCACGUGGCAACUCUCUGAAGCGUUUACAAGAAGAGACCUUGACCAAAAUGUCCAUCCUUGGCAAAGGCUCCAUGAGAGACAAGGCAAAGGAGGAAGAGCUGAGGAAAAGCGGCGAGGCCAAGUACUUCCACCUCAACGACGACCUCCACGUCCUCAUCGAGGUGUUCGCCCCGCCCGCUGAGGCCUACGCCCGCAUGGGCCACGCGCUGGAGGAGAUCAAGAAGUUCCUCAUCCCUGACUACAACGACGAGAUCCGCCAGGCGCAGCUGCAGGAGCUCACCUACCUGAACGGCGGCUCCGAAGGCGCGGAGGCCCCCGCCGCCCGAGGGAAGUCCGCCUCGCGCACCAGAGGCGCCCCGACCCCCAUGGCAGCCAGGGGAAGGGGAGGUGCCGCCACCCGGCCCGUGGGCGUGGUGGCCCCCCGAGGGGCGUCAGCGUCCAGGGGAGUCCUCUCCACCCGAGGGCUGGUGAGUCGGGGACGAGGCCUUCUCACCCCCAGAGCAAGAGGAGUCCCCCCAUCCGGGUACAGGCCUCCACCGCCUCCCCCGACGCAGGACACGUACGGCGAUUACGACUACGAUGACGGCUAUGGCACCGCGUAUGACGAGCAGAACUACGACUCCUACGACAACAGCUACAGCACCCCGGCCCAGAGCGGCGCUGACUACUACGACUACGGACACGGGCUCAGCGACGAGACGUACGAUUCCUACGGGCAAGAGGAGUGGACAAACUCAAGACACAAGGCCCCCUCGACGCGGACGGCGAAGGGCGUCUACCGGGACCAGCCGUACGGCCGCUACUGACUGUACUGACUCUCCGAUGUUGUGAACUAGCCCACCUCCACCCGCCCUGUAAACUGUGCAAAGUAAUUUUUUCUAUGAACGACCCCCUUUUUAAAUAAAUCAAAAUGCCUAAAAACCGGAACGGAUGGAACUUAACACUGCUUUGUGGAGACACCAACCUGGGAAGAAAGAGAGAGAGAAAAAAAAAAGAUAUGUAAAAUUUUGUUAUUUCCAAUCUGUAUAUGAAACAAGAAAAUAGGCCAUCAAAACGAAAAGAAAAAAAUCACACACACGCACACCUUUGGUUAACUAGCGUUAAACAAACAAAAAAUAGGUUUAUAAACAUGUUAACCCAUCCUUUAACAUAUGCCUCGCCUUUCAUUGUAAAGGUUUCCAUAGAGUUUAGUUAUUUUCUCUUUCAGCCAUAUGCCAGUUUUUUAUUUUUAUUUUUCCCCCUCUUACAUAAAAAGGGAAGCCAACAACAAGUGCAAUACUGUGGUCUUUUUGUAACGCCAGUCUUGAAAUGUUCUGUAGUGUUAAGCAAACUUUCCUCUUGCUUGAUGCUAAAUAAACUUUUGAAAGAAA